CCGGGAGUAUAAAAGCAAGAGCGGGCUACCGGGCAGCACAGUCGAACCUCGACAGCACACCAACCAACUUCACAAUGGCAUUCAAGCUCGUCGUCCUCGCCGCCGCCUUGGCUGUUGCCAACGCUGGUCUGAUCGGCGCCCCCGUGUCGUCCGUGUCCUACGGCUACGCCGCCGCCCCCGUCGGCUAUGCCAGCCCCGCCAUCGGCACCACCCACGAGAGCACCGUGCGCUCCCUGGACGGCAACGCGGCCGUGACCACCUACUCCAAGGCGGUCGACACCGCCUUCUCCAGCGUGCGCAAGUACGACAGCCGUGCCAGCAACGACGCCCAGAUCCUGGCCCACUCCCCCGUCGCCGCCUACGCCGCCCCCGCUGCGUACGCCGCCCCCGUCGCCCACGCCUACGCCGCCCCCGCUGCGUACGCCGCCCCCGUCGCCCACGCCUACGCCGCCCCCGCUGCCUACGCCGCCCCCGUCGCCCACGCUGCCUACGCCGCCCCCUCCGUCUACGCCGCCCCCGUCGCCAAGGCCGUCGCCCCCGCUGGUCUCCUCGGCGUCGCCUACUCCGCUGCCCCCGUGGUCUCCCACAUGACCUACACCAGCGGCCCCAUCGCCUACGCCUACUAGAAAGACUGACUCUUAUUUAUUUAAUAUAUUUAUUUAUAUGUAAAUAAAUGAAAAUUGCAAAAA